AUGGAUGGGGAAGAAGUUAAGGUACCAAUGUCGGAAUCUAUGUUGAAAAAGCAAAAAAGAAAUGAGGAGUGGGCUUUGGUUAAGAAGGAAAAGCAGCUAGCUCUAAAGAAAGAGUUGAUUUUCAACAGGGCUAAGCAGUACGUCAAGCAGCAUGAUGAGAGCAAAAGGAGCUUAUUAGGCUUAAGCGUGAAGCUAGACUCAAGGAAGGUCAAGAACUUCCAAAUUCCUGAGCCUUGGCGACGGAACUUGGAAACCUGCAAAAGAGCUCUUGCUGUUAGUGCUAAGCUAAAGAAGCAAAACACAACUGACAAAUGA